CAAAUAUUGAUGCUCUUUUGGUCUCCUCAGGACACUCGGCAUGUAGAGUCGCAGAGGAUGAUGCUGCAGGUUCUAAAUUAAUUCUGAGCUGUUCAACAAGGUUGUGACAAACAAAAGAGAAAAUAUUGUCAGGUUGUUAUAAAUGCUGAUCAGAAAAGGCGUUGCUUGGCGCUUCACCAUGACAGCCAAGAGGACUUUCCUGUUGUUGGCUUUGAUCCUUUUUCCUUUCCAAACACAAGGAUCCUGCAAAGAAGGGUUUAGUUUGGAUAACGGAAAGUGUGUUGAUGUCAAUGAAUGUGCAGAAGACCCUGAAAUAUGUGGAGAAAAUUCAAACUGUUUCAACACAUAUGGCAGCUUCUACUGCCAGUGCAAGGAGGGAUUCUGGCCAAAAGCUGUGAAUUUUACUUUUCUAGACCCUGUCACAUGUAGAGACACAGAUGAAUGUAAAGACGAAAAGGUUUGUGGUCUGAAUGCAUCAUGUAUAAACACACAAGGCAGUUAUUACUGCGUCUGCAACGCUGGCUAUGCACUGAAAUCUGGAAAAUCUAGCUUUUCUGGGCAGGAGGAGCAGUGUGAAGACAUAUGUAAGAUUGAUGAGACAAUUUGUGGAAAUGGAUCCUGCCUCCAUGAAACCAGCGGCCAUUACUGUGCAUGCUCUGCAGGGUUUAGUAACUACGGCAACAAAACGGCUCGUUGUACCGAGCUUCACUGUGGUGUUUUCAUGGAUGUGAACAAUCUUAUGGAGAAAUUUGACAUUGUUAAAAAUGAUAUGAAGGAACUGAGUGAAAGUUGUCUGAAGCUUUCGGGAAGCAAAGAUUCAAAGGAGCUCAAUGGAGAAGUCUUACUACAGAGUCUGCUCUCUGUGAUCGACAAGGUCCUGUCUGCUGGAUCUCUCAAUGACAACAAGAAAGUCUCCACAUUUCUAGACAUGGUGGAACAAGCUCUAAAGUUCAUUGGACCUUUUAUUAAAACACCAGGAACUAAAAGAUCCACCAAUCACACAGAACUGGAGCUGCUGGUACAUACUGGGUCGGCUAUACCCCAAGGAUUAAAGACUCUGUUGUCUACACAUGCUAAAGUGGAUAUAAAGAUGGAGGAAGCUGCAGGAGAUCCCUCAUCUUAUCCGGGAUUUACAACAGUUUCAUUGCUGAGCUAUUCAAACCUGGAAAAUUCAACAGAAGGUUUCUAUAGUGGGAUGAAAAAGAAUGAGAGCCAGAACUUUAAGAUAAACUCCAAAGUGGUGACUGUCAGUGUCAGCAACACAGACACAAAACACCUGAACGAGCCGGUCAAUAUAACUUUACAUCACCUUGAACAGUCAAAUCAAACCUCCCACACCUGUGUGUUCUGGGAUUCCUCUAACGAAGGAGGUGCGUGGUCUGAUCGCGGCUGCAGGGUGGCGGAGUCCAACCCAAAAUACACUAUGUGUUCCUGUAACCACCUGAGCAGCUUCGCUGUGCUCAUGGCCCUCUAUGACAUAGAGAGCCCUUUUGAGUUGCAGCUGAUCUCCUGGAUAGGCCUAUCCCUUUCAUUAAUUUGCCUGUUCCUCUGCAUCCUGACCUUCUCACUGAUCCGGUCCAUCAAAAGCCCAAGAACAACCAUCCACCUGCACCUCUGCAUCAGCCUCUUUAUUGCAACUCUUGUCUUUCUCGCAGGCAUCUCUCAGACGCAGAACAAGGUUGGCUGUGCAGUAGUUGCAGGGAUGCUGCACUUCUUCUACCUGGCCUCAUUCUGCUGGAUGUGUCUGGAGGGAAUCCAGCUCUUCAGGAUGGUGAUUCUGGUCUUCAACACCAACUUUAAAACCAGCUACAUGAUGGCAGGGGGCUACGGAGUUCCAGCCAUAAUUGUUUCUGUCACUGCGUUGGUCAAUAGAGAUGGAUACGGGACUAAGAAAUAUUGCUGGCUAAACUUGGAUUUGAUUUGGAGCUUCUAUGGCCCUGUCUGUGUCAUCAUUACUAUAAACGUUUUCUUCUUCCUUGUCACUGUGUGGAAGUUGGCACAGAAGUUUUCAAGUUUAAACCCAGACCUGGACAGCUUGCAUAAAAUCAAGGCAUUCACCAUUACUGCAGUGGCUCAGCUCUGCAUACUCGGUAUCAUGUGGAUCUUUGGAUGUUUCCAGUUUGAGAAAGACACAUUAGCAAUGUCUUAUCUGUUCACCAUUUUUGGCAGCCUUCAAGGUGUCAUGCUCUUUGUCAUGCACUGUCUAUUUUCCAAACCGGUGAGGGAGGAGUAUGAAAACAUUCUUUCCCAACUACGUGCACCUCGGAAGAGAACAUACUCCGAGUUCAACUACUCAAGCAAAGCCAAUGCUUCCAGAAGUACCCAGGACACGGGAGAGUCUCACAUUUAACUGAGCGAUAUCUCUGGGAGAUUUCAGAAUGUCAGUUUUCAAAAAUGAGCUCUCUGAGACAUGUGCAGUGAAGUUUGGGGUCCCUCAGGGGUCUGUGCUUGGUCUGUUACUAUUUUCACUUUGUCUUCUGCCUCCUGAUGCUCUUCUGCGCUGAUUUAACAAUUCACUGUAAUGUUGACAAUGUGCCUUUCUCAUUUAGAAACGUCUAAAGUUCAGACCCAUCUAUCGGUAAUUAAGCACUGCUUAUCAAAAUAAUUUCCUGCUUCUUAACAGUGACAAGAUAUCCUCAGGAUAUUAGGCAGACAUGUUCCUCAGUAGGUUUUUAAAGCUAAGUUAAAAAAUCACUUGUUCACUUUGUCAUAUGUGAUUUCAUUUUAUACUUACUGUUUUUGGUGCUUUUUUUGGUAUUGUAUUGUUUUUUUAACUCCUUGUGAUUGCUCAGCACUUUGAAUGGCUUUAUAAAUAAAGUUAUUAUUAUUGCUA